AUGAUGGCUUUUGAUUAUUUAGCAUCAUCGCUUAAUAACAAAAUCAAUAAUGAUCAAGAUAAAAGUACUGAAAUUAAAGAUAUUAAUUUUAAAAAUUCAGACCUAAAAUCUAAAUUUAAUAUUUCAACAAAUGAUGAAAAUACUGAUAUAAGAUCAAAUUAUCUUGAUAUACCACUACAAAUGAAUCAAUUUUCAAACUUAGAUCAAUUAUCUUCAUCUCAAUUUCAAAAUUUAAGUUUAAAUAGUCCUAGAGAUAACAAUCGAAAUUAUAGUUUAAAUCAAAAAAUCCCAACUUCAAUCAAUCAAUCAAUGUGGAAUAAUUCAAAUAAUUUAUCAUUAAAUUCAAAUCAAUAUCAACAACAUCCUCAACGAGGUUUAUAUAUAGAUUCAAGUAAUAUAUGGUCUCAAAAACAACUGAAUUCAAUAUCAGAGCAACCAGUUUCGACUAAUAUUUGGUCACCACCUUCAACUAAUUCAGCUUGUAAUCCACCUAAAAUUUCAAGUCCAAAAUUUUUGCAACAAAAUAAUAAUCAACAACAAAACAAUUUGAAUAAUGCGAAUGCGAAUUACAAUUUAAAUUUAAAUACUUCAUUAAUUAAUAAUAACUAUACUUCAAGUAAUACAAAUGCCAAUAAUAGAACUUUUUCAAUAACUGAAAUUGCUCCAACAUUAGAUGAAAUUAAUAAUGGAAUUAAUGGUGAUUAUGUUAAUGGUGGAUCUUUAUCACCACAAACUAAGUAUGAUAUAAUAAGAAGACGGUCAUAUACUGAUAAUUUGUCAAAUGAUACUGCAACAGCACCAGUUCAACAACAACAAUUAUAUCAAGAAACCAAUUCAACAGUAAACCUCAAUGAUGCAAAUAUAAUGAAGAUGGUUGAUGAGUAUUUUGAAACUGAUCCUCAUGAAAGAGUUAAAGUUACAAUGCAAAUUUUAAAUGAUAGAUUUUUUCAUGAAGAAAAAUAUUUAAGUGAUGCUUAUCAAUUACCAAAAUUUCCAAUUGAAUCAUCAUUAAGAAAUUACCAGUUGGUGUUGGUCGGAUUCAAAGCUGGUAGAAUUGAUGUUUUUUAUUUACCUUCAAGUGCUCAAACUUCAACUUCUUUUACAUCUACUUCAUCACCUACUUCACCUGGAACUACUAAUUCAUCAUCAUAUAUAAAUAAUUUAGAAAUUAAACUUGGGGAUCUUGUUAUAGUUGAAGCUGAUAGAGGUAGAGAUUUAGGUAAAGUUUUUAAAUUAAAUGUAUCAAUUGAUGAAGCAAGAUUAUUAAAAUUAUUACAAUUUCAAGAACAACAAGCUGCAUUAAAUGAACAUUUUGAUAAUAAUUUUUUAGAUGAUUUAUCAGUCAAAACAAUGUCUCAACAACAACAACAACAACAAUCACCAGGAACAACUGACUCCAUAAAUUCAUUUUUACCAUCAGUAUUAUCUCAUCAUCAACAAAGUUCAUCAAUAUCUCCUCCAACUUUACAAUUUCCAAAAUCUGUAUUAUCAAUUGCUCAACCAAAUGAAAUUUUUCAAAUUUUAAAUAAAAAACAAGAUGAAGAAAAAGCAUGUAGAUUAUGUUUAGCAAAAAUUGCAAAUGCAACAAGUAGUUGUUUAUUAUCAGGAGCUCCAAUAUCACCAACAACUCAAGAUUUAUUACAAAUGAAAUUAAUUGAUAGUGAAUAUCAAUUUGAUAGAAAAAAAUUAAUUUUUUAUUAUUCAACUUCAAAAAGAAUUGAUUUUAGAGAUUUAGUUAGAGAAUUAUUUAGAAUUUAUAAAACAAGAAUUUGGAUGUGUGCUGUUAUUGGAUUACCUUUUGAAAAUUUUAAAAAUCAAAAUUUAAGUCCUAAUUUAAUUCAACAACAACAACAACACUCACAACAACAACCACCAGGAUUCGGAAUUUCUCAACAAAAUCAACAACAACAACAAACACUUUUCAAUGGUGGUGCUAUCAAUAAUAGAAGAUUAAGUUUACAAUCACAACCAACUUCUCAAAAUCAAAUAAAUUCAAAUUUACAACAUCAUCAAACUUGGCCACAAGAACAAAAUUCAAUAAAUCAACAACAACAAUUUUAUAGACCUCAAUAUCAAUUAACUCCAACUCAUUCUCAAAAUUUACAACAACCACAAUCUUAUGAAUUUCAAAAUCAAAACAUGGCAGAUUUACAAAAUACAUUAGCUCCCAUAAAUGAUGAAAAUAAAAAUAAUUCAUUACUUCAAACUCCAUAUCCCGAUUUAAAUCAAAAUUAUUAUCAACAACAACAUUCUUUAUCAUCAGAAAUUUAUACGAAUCAAUUCAAACAACAGUCAUUCAAUCCACAAUUGUUUCAACCUCAACAACAACAGCCACCACCACAAACAACUACAACUACUCAACAACAACAACAAUCACAUAAUACAUUAAGUCAACAAGAUCAACAAGCUAAACAAAAACAAAUUGAAAAAGUUCAUCAAUUAGCAAAACAACAUCAAAAUAAAGAACAAUCAAAAGAAGAAGAAGAAAUAAAACAAGAUAUAGAAAAUAAUGAGAAUAACGAUAACAAUUCACCUAUAGAAUUAACUGAGGAAAACAAUAAAAAGGAACAACAAAAUUUAUCAUCAUCAUCAUUUAAUUCAUCUUCAUAUUCAAAGAAUCUUUCAAAUGAAAAAUUAGUUUUAAAAAGUUUAGUUGAUAUUAUAGAUUCUUAA